AUGGCAGUGACAACUGAUUUGACAUGGAUGGAGGAAAAGAAUCUGCAACAGCUACUUGGAUAUACUUCCUUGAGUCUUCUUUACAAGUCUAAUGUUCAUGGACAUAACAUUAAAAAUAUGCUUGAGAAAUGUUCUCAUCAGGGAUCCACUGUUACUCUAAUUUAUGAUAAUUAUUACAAUAUGAUUCAUGGAGUCUUUAUAUGUGGGCAUUAUCCUGAAAACUACGAAGAAUCUGAAAACUUUUAUUCAGAUGAAUUUUUGUUUUUCCACUUACUGUCAUACAAUGACUCAUUCUACGUAGAAUAUAAGUUGAAUAUGAAUCAGUUUAAACCUUUAAAUUAUAACUACAAAUGUGAAUGUGAAGUUUUUCGAACUGAAGGAAUUAAGGAUGAUCCAAGCUACAUAAUGAAAAUAACAGGAUUCACACAGCAGAGAAAAUCCCUCUUGGAUGAACUAAAAGCCUACAAACCCAGUUCAUGCUUGACUCCAGAAAUUCACAUUCUCUUACUGGGUCCAGUUGGGUCUGGAAAGUCUACUUUUAUCAAUUCAGUAAAGUCUGUUUUCGAAGGCCGUAUGGUUCAUCAAGCCUCAACAGGGUCUGAUGAUACUGGCAUUACUAAACAAUACAGAAUAUAUUCCCUUAAAGAUGGAAAGGCUGGCAGAUCUCUACCAUUUAAGUUGUGUGACACAAUGGGUUUGGAUGUGAAAGAGGAAGCAGGAUUGUGUAUGGAGGACAUACCCCACAUUUUAAAAGGCUGUAUAUCAGAUAAAUAUCAGUUUAAUCCACAAAAUCCAAUUACACCUCUGCACUCCUCUUACAUCACCUCUCCAUCACUGAAGGAGAGAAUUCACUGUAUGGCUUAUGUGUUUGAUGUCAACUCGACUAAGCUCCGCUCCAAAAUCAUGGAAAAGUUUCAACGAAUUCAAGAAGAAGUACUGAAUUGUGGUAUACCGCAUGUUGUGUUAUUUACUAAUGUAAAUAAUUGGGAUGAAAUUUUUCAAGAUGAAUUUCCAAACAUGUGUAGAUCCAAGAUUUACCAAAGCCGGGUAAUGAAUAUAAGACAAGUUGUUGAAAUGCUUACCAUUCCUAUUUCCAAUAUCUUCAUGGUUGAAAACUAUGCCUCCGAUAGGCAGUUGGAACCCUUCAAGGAUAGUUUGAUUCUUUCUGUGGUAAGACAGAUGUUGAGGAUCACAGAUGACUUUUUAGAAGAUUUGCCUUCUGAGUAAACAGAAGCUUUUCGACACAUCAAGCUACCCAAAGAGAGAUAUGACAUCAAAUGCACAAAACCACGCCGGAAUCAUGCUUGGGCAUGA